GAAAUGCGAGACACAAUGACUGAAAUUUGAAGGUUAAGGAAGGAAUUCAAUUAUUACUGCUUGGCGUUCUCUCCAAUGGCUUUCUCCGCAAUUUCUAUGCACUGUUCCCAGUUUAUUCGCUUUCCCAUCUCCGUUCCUCAAACUCAAACUCAAACUCAAACUUCACUCUCUUUUCAAUUUUCACCAUCAAAUCUCAAUCGCCCGAAAAAGCCACUCUCAAUUCGAUCAGUUUCAGUUCCCGCUGCACCAACAUCUGGGGCACUGGCACCUGCAAUUUUGCUUACGGAUAAUGCACUGAAGCACUUGAAUAAGAUGAGGUCUGAACGAAAUGAAGAUUUGUGUUUAAGAAUGGGUGUCAAACAGGGUGGUUGCUCUGGUAUGUCAUACACAAUGGAUUUUGAGGACAGGGCAAAAGCAAGGCCUGAUGACUCCGUCAUUGAAUACAAAGGCUUUGUAAUUGUUUGUGAUCCUAAGAGUCUACUCUUUCUAUUCGGCAUGCAAUUAGAUUACAGCGAUGCUCUGAUUGGGGGAGGCUUCUCUUUCAAGAAUCCUAAUGCGUCACAAACCUGUGGAUGUGGUAAAUCCUUUGCUGCAGAAAUGUAAAAUCAUGUUUGUAUAGACAGUAGUUAUAAUAAGGUGAUUUUACUCUAGCAAUACUUUGGAUUAAUAUAGACUUUUAUAACUAACAAAAUUACAUUUACAUGAAAUGUCAUGAACAAAUUACUGAAUUUGUUAUAUAUUCCUAUUUCUGUAUACGUUUGUUGCC